AGACCCCGAGGAACGGGUCCUUGGCGAGAAUCUUCCCCCCAAGAAAUGGAUCUUCCAACGUGAAAGAGAAAGGCGGAAUUACGGCCAGCGUGAACCGGGGGGAGUAAUUAAUAUCAAAAGCUUGUUAAAAGGGUGACAAGUCACCGCGUAGUACUUUGCGUGUGACAACUUACUUAGCAAUGACCACCGCAGACUACGAGCUGCUACUGGCAACGCGAUACGACCCACUGCUAGAGCGGCUGGGAUGGAACUACGACGAGUUGCAACCGUCCCCAUUUCUGCUCCUGCGAUAUCACUACGAUCGCCUUGUUGCUGCUGCAGAGCAGCACGGCUGGACAGAGGCUGUGAACCUCUCAUAUGCUGCAUUGAAGACGGCGGCGGAGGAGGCGGUAAAUAACGCAGCAGACAAGUCAGCAAGGGCAUACAAGGUGCGCGUAACCCUCUCAGAGUCGGGUGCCCUCACAGCCUCUGCGACACCCACUCCGCCACUGGCUUACGAUCCGACGUCGCCUGCGUUCUUCAAGCCCAAUUCGGACAGCGGCACCCUCUAUGGCCAGGUCUUCGCCGUCACCCUUGACACCCAGCCCACGCCCACUUCUCUCUUCACAUCGACCAAGACAACCCGUCGUCAGGUCUACGACGACGCCAGAUCGCGUGCUGCCCUCCCGCCAGUCGGUACCUUGUCAGCCCUCUCAGAGGUCAUCCUCCACAACGAGCACGGCGACAUCACCGAGGCAUCUGUGUCCAACGUUGCUUUCUACCGCUCCCCUCAUUGGAUAACACCUCGACUCAGCACGGGUUGUCUUCCCGGUGUCCUCAGGCGGUGGAUGCUUGAGCAGGGCCGCAUAAGAGAGGCCCCAGAUGACCAUGCAUUCACCCUUGACAACGUCAAGCCUGGUGACUGGGUGCUCGUCCUUAACAGUGUCUUCGGUUGCCGCGUCGGCAGGAUACAGGAGGGCUGACUGUUCUCCUGUACAAUAUUCUGGGCUUUGGGUUUGGGUCCUAGAACAUUUUGGGCUCACUAGAUG